AUGCCUUCAAAACUCGCCACCGUGACCACUCAACCCUUUGCUCAUCCUGAGCCAUCAACCUCUUGGCCAUACGAUUCCGACGUGCCCAGCUCGUCACACCGCAGCCCUCGCCAGCGUCUUUGCCGAGCAUCACACAGGCUCAGCACCCGCCAAGGCUGGCUUGGGGAUUACAAUUUUGCCGCCUUCUGCCUACCUCGCUUGUUCCCCUGGAAACCAUCAUCCAAGCUCAAUGGCGGAGCAGCAGAAUCACCCUUCUACGGCGUACACGAUGAUCUUCCCAUAGCAGUGGCUAUGAUCUGCGGCCUCCAACAUGCGCUCGCCAUGCUUGGAGGAAUGAUCACUCCGCCGAUGAUCAUAGCUUCUUCUUUGAAUCUUUCUGGCGAGACAUCGGCAUAUCUCAUUUCGGCAAGUCUCAUCACAUCAGGAAUGAUAUCGGCUGUGCAGCAAUCUGCGGUACCGCUUCCCUUCCUAGGUGGUAGGCAGUUGGGAACAGGACUGCUCAGUGUAGUCGGCACCAGUUUCACCACUCUCUCCGUCACCACUAGCAUUUUCAACAAUCUCUAUGCGGAAGGCGUUUGCCCUUCGAACCCGGACGGCAGCAGAGCGGCCUGUCCAGACGCAUACGGUUAUCUCCUCGGCACAGCAGCUAUGUGUGCUCUGCUCGAAAUUGCACUCUCCUUCUUACCACCCCGGAUAUUGAAACGAAUGUUCCCACCCAUUAUUACCGGCACGGUGGUAGCAUUCAUCGGAAUCAAACUCAUCGGCGAAUCCGCGAUCCCUUCUUUUGGUGGUGGUGCUUCUUGUCAUGGCACUGACACUCUCUGUCUUGGCACUGACAGUAGGGCCUAUCUCUGGGGCGACGCACACUACUUAGGACUAGGCUUUUUGGCAUUUAUGACCAUAGUCAUUGUCGAAAUAUUCGGCAGUCCUGCGAUGCGCAACGCAUCCAUCGCCAUCGGGUUGCUUUUCCCCCUCCUCAUCGCCGGACCAUUGGGAUACAUGUCUUCAGCACCCAUUGACUCAGCCCAACCGAUCACGUUUUUAUGGGUGGAAACGUUCAAGCUCCACAUCCAUGGUCCUGCCGUUCUUCCCCUUCUUGCAGUCUACAUCUCGCUAAUGAUGGAAUGCAUCGGCGACGUAACCGCAACUUCCGAAGUCAGUAAAGUCGAAGUAGACGGCCUUGCAUACGACCGUCGCAUUUCCGGUGGAGUCCUGGUCGACGGUCUAGCUGGAGUGUUCUCCGCCUUAUUCACCGUCCCACCCCUGUCGGUGUUUGCACAGAACAAUGGUGUGAUUGCGAUCACAAAAUGCGCCAAUAUUCAGGCCGGUAGAUGGUGUUCCUUCUGGCUGAUUCUUUUUGGGAUCAUUGGGAAACUCGCUGGUUGUGUGAGGGCGAUUCCACAACCUGUGCUGGGUGGUGUGCUGUUGGUUCUGUUUGGGUCAAUUGCAGUUUCGGGGUUGAAAGUAUUGCAGAAUGUGACGUUUACAAGGAGGAAUAGGUUUAUUCUGGCGAUCAGCUUUGCGUUCGGGUUCGGGACACUGUUGGCGGACGAUCUGUUCAGUAAUCUCUUCACGUAUAGGGGUGGGAACAAGGCAUUGAGUGGAUUUUUGGAUAGUGUGUUGAUUGUUAUUUCAACGCCGUUUUUGAUCAGUGCGAUUGUGGGGAUGGUUGCGAAUGCCGUACUGCCGUUGGAUGAGGAGGAUAGGAGGUUGCUAAGGGUGGAGCAGUCGCCGAGGGAGUCUAGUUCCGAGGAGAAGCUUUCAGCAUAA